CAGGUCCUCCACAGUGUGAGCCACCUCCAUGACCUGCUCAGCACCCUGCAGAAAGUGACAGUGGUGGUCCAGCAGGACAGCUUCAUUGAGGAUCAGCGCCAGGCUCUCACCAACCGCCCCGAACGCCUCACCUCCUUCUCCUCCUCCCGGCCCUCCUCCCGCCACAACUCCCUGAUCGAGCAGGAGAAACAACGCAGCCUGGAGAAACAGAGGCAGGAGCUGGCCACGCUGCAGCGCCAGCAGGCCACACACGACCAGGAGAAGAGGAGGAGGGAGAGGGAGUGGGAGGUGCGGGAGCAGCAGCUGACAGACAGGGAGGUGCAGCUCCUGGUACAGGAAGAGGAGACGGGGAGGAGGAGCAGGGAGCUAGAUACGGAGAGGGUGGCGCUACAAAGGAAGAAGAAGGACUAUCUGAUAGAUCUAGAGAGACUGAGAGACGCUCAGAAGAAACUAGAUCGAGACAGAGAAAACAUACACAGAGAAAUGGAGAGGGUAGAACACAUGAGAAUGGCUAAGAGGUGGAUACAGAGAACUCCCUCCUCCACCUCAGACGACUCCUCCCACUUCCCCUCCUCUACCUCCCUGGACAAAGACCCAAUGGACCCCACUGAGCUCUCCUCCUCUCCCAGGAAAGACUCCCCGACCUCGUCAAAAGGGAAGAGCCGAAACCCUUUCUCUGAGGCCCCGGCCCUAAAGGCCCAUAGUGUAGACAGUCAGAACCAGAUACCUAACAGACUGCUGCAGCUGGCUAAAGACAGGAGCCAGAACAAGAAGGACAAGAAGAAGAAGAAGGAUCAGGGUACGCAGUCACCAGAUACCCAGCACCUAGAGCCUCCUAUAGAUGGAGAGAUCUACUUCUGCUGAGGAGACCCCUCUUCAUCUCCUCCGAUGUCAAUGCAACGUCCCUCUCACCAGCUGAAUGGAAGGCCAAGUUGCCAAAGUGCCCUCAUCGUCAAACCCUCUACGUCCUCACAAACACUCCCAACUGACACCCUAUAGGAAGGUCUCUCAUCGUGUGUGUCAUAAGCUCCAACUGCAAUGUUCUGUCUCAGUGCUCACUACAGAUUGGCUCCUGACUUUUACCUGCUGAAAAAAUAUAACAAUAAGGAAACUGCUUCUAUGUUAGAUACUGUAGGUAUGUGAUGGACUAAAUGAAGACAAUACCAUUAUCCUAACCAAUGAUGAUGGAGAGUGAUUUGAGCUACAGAGUAAUCGUCUCUGAAUGGUUUUAAAUGAGCAGGUCUAGGAGUCUGUAUAUCCUCUGUAUGGAAUGACAUAGAAUCUGAAUGGUUUUAAAUGAGCAGGUCUAGGAGUCUGUAUAUCCUCUGUAUGGAAUGACAUAGAAUCUGAAUGGUUUUAAAUGAGCAGGUCUAGGAGUCUGUCUAUGCUCUAUGGAAUAACAUAGAAUCUGAAUGGUUUUUAAAUGAGCAGGUCUAGGAGUCUGUCUAUGCUCUAUGGAAUAACAUAGAAUCUGAAUGGUUUUUAAAUGAGCAGGUCUAGGAGUCUGUCUAUGCUCUA